CCUUUUAUUUCAUCUACAAUCCGAAACAGACGAUUGUAAAUAUGGCGGCGUUAGAGCGAGAAGCUAUUCAGAAACAAAUUCAACAAGAUUGGGCCAAUAGAGAAUAUGUAGAAAUAAUUACUGCAAGUAUAAAGAAAAUUGCCGACUUCUUAAAUUCAUUCGAUAUGUCUUGCCGUUCCCGGCUUGCAACUCUGAAUGAAAAAUUAACAUCGUUGGAAAGAAGGAUUGAUUAUCUUGAAGCAAGGGUCACUAAAGGUGAAACACUGACAUAGCUGAAUGCGUUAAUUGAAGAAAUUAUGAAAACAUAUGUAUAUAUUGUACAAUGUAAAGCUUGUGUGCUUGUACGAAUUUUUUGCAUUUUCAUAUAGAUUUGUGUGAUAAUAACUCAUUAAAUAUUGCAUUUUUUCUCUGA